AACAACCCCACCACCAAACAAGCGAAAUACAAAUUUAAUUAACACAGAAAGAGGCAGAAAAGUGAAAUGGCCCCCCUAGUCCCCAUCUUCUCGGCGUCCUCCCUCCCAGACCACGUCAACACCGUCCAGCGCAACUUCCAAGAAAAGCGUCGCAAAGGCGGGCCCGUCGACCUUAUGCAAUGUCCUCUCUUCGAAAUGACCCAGUACUCGUGUAACCCGCCGCAGGAGGGGGUUCCGAAGCCUGGCGUUGUGGUGUGCAAGCCUGUUGUGCGAUUGUUUCGGCGGUGUGCCGGUGGUUUGACGGUUGAGACGACAGCGUGGGAGCCUAUACGGGUUGCGGAGGAGAAGGAGGCAAAACAGCGGGUACUGGCAUCGACUUCAGAGGGGAAUUAGAGUUGGACAGGCUACUAUACAGGUCAAAGCAUGAAGUCGGCGUUACGGGGUCAAUUGUAAUAUAGGAUACGGAAUGUCAAUUCUAAUAUAGGGAAUCAUGAAUGCAUAUUAAUUCU